AGUGCUUUAAAAAAUUAUUAAUUGUUCAAUGUAAAGUUGAAACCUUUAUGUUCGAGUAAAGACAUAGAUUAUUUAUUGAUUUGAGCUGAAGCAUACGUGAAAAAUAUUUAGAAAAUUUGAGUUUAUGUAUUAUGCUAAUACACAAACAUGUUAAACUGUUUAUACUAUUUGUUACUGUUGACUAUUAGUCAUUUCUGUGUUUCCAUUGAUAUAACUUACCCAGUGUUUGGCUAUAAUGCCCUUGGUCAACCUGCUGCUUUUGGUGAUUUCGACUCCGAUGAACUUACUGAUAUGUUUAUUUUAAAAGAUGAUGGACGAACAGUUGAAAUACUAUUUGGUUCAAAUGUAGAACCAUUUUUGAAACCAGGUACAAAAACAAAAUGUUCAUUUAAGAAUCAUAAAAUAACAUCUGUAGUACCUGGAGAUUUUAAUGGUGAUGCUCUUAUGGAUGUACUUGUCACUGUUAAAAAUAUCACAUCUACUGGAACAUGGUCAUCCUGGAUUAGUAGCAGUAAUUCUCAAAACAAUGAUUUAGAUGUACAUAUUUUAUGGGGUGGACUAAAUGUUUUAAAUUGUUCAGAUGAAGAAAAACCUUUAUUUUCAAUUGUUGAUCAACCUUUAGUUAUUGAUUAUGAUAGAAAUAUGAUUGUGGAUUUAUUUGGUGUUCAAAAAAAAGGUAGUAUAACUCAACGCACAUUUUGGAUCUUUAAUAGUGAUGGAGGGUAUUCAGAAAUUCCUAUGAAUAACUCAACAAAUUCUAAUAUGAGAAUCCCUCAAUCACACGGAUUUGUUGACAUUGGAGGAGAUAUUUCACCAGACUUAUAUUUAACAACAAAUGAUGGAUAUGAAGUUUGGCUUUCUGAUUCUGAAAAUGGGAAUUUUAUCUUCAACAGAACAAUUCCUUUUCCAGAUACAUUAACUGUUAAAAAUGUAGGACAGACUGCUUUUAUGGAUUUACAACUUACUGGGCGAAUGGAUCAUAUUGUUCCAGUGUGUUUUGAUAGUUCCUGUAAAAAUAGUACAAUCUAUUUAUAUGAUUCAAAAAAUUGGUACAAUUUAGGAGUAAAUUUCCAUGAUGGUAAUAAUGUUUGGGGAUUUGUACCCCCUCAGCCUAACAUCCCUUAUCUUGAAACUAUAACAUUACGACCCGGUGACUUUAAUAUGGACGGAUAUCCAGAUUUACUUGGAACACUUUGUAUUGAUAGUAAUUAUAAAAAAACUAGAGUAUUUUUGAUGGAAAAUGUAGCAUGUACAACAAAUUGUGAUGGUUUUGAUAGAACAUUUGCAGUUCGUUGGGAUGUUCUUCAGCCUAUCAAUAAAUACACUAUAAUGGGAGCAUUUUAUGAUUUCUUUCAAAAUGGAAUACUUGAUGUGUUAUUAGUUAGCAGAAAAGAUACAAAUUACAAUAUGUCUGCAUUUAAAAAUAGCUUGGAUUAUGACGCCAAUUUCUUAAAAGUAAUGGUUGUCACUGGCUUAACAAAUAGCAAAUAUGAAAUGUUACCCAGUCGGCUUGGAAAAAAAUCCCGUACUUUUGGUACAAAUUUACCAGGACCUAAAGUUAGUUACCUGACAACUACUCAAGAUGGUGAUCCUCGCCAAGGUACUGCUACUCAACUUCCUCAGUCAGCUCAUUAUUCACUAUAUCUACCAUAUACAAUAUUUGGCCUUGGUCGUACACCUAAUUUUGUUGACGAAUUGACUGUUUCUGUUCUCAAUGAAACACGUUCAUGGACACAAAUCAUUCCAAAUUCCCAAAUGGUAGUAAUACCAACACCAAUAAAUGACCCCAUUCGCUGGAAUGCAAAACUUUUUGUUACACCUAGUCGUUUGAUUUUACAAAGUGCUCUCGCUCUUGCAGGUACAUGUCUUUUAAUAUUAGUCAUUAUUGGAGUUUUAUAUCUUAAAGAACGUCAAGAAGAUAGGAUAGAAAAACGCAUGGAAGCCCAUAAAUUUCAUUUUGAUGCUAUGUAAAUGUUUUAUUGUAUCUAAAUGUAUAACAUGUUCUGUUUACAUGACAUGUAUUAUGUAUUUUUUGUUUCUGUGAUUAUAGAAUUUUUUUUUUUAAUCAAUUUGAUUUAAGGUUUAAAGUAUAAAUGUUCUAUUACUUAAUAUGAUGUACCUAUUUUACAGUUAUAAUACUAUAAGUUUUUGGUUAAAUUAAAAAAAUAUACAUAUAUAAUUUCCUAAUUAGCAGAAUAGGUAUUUUCUUAUAAAGAUAGUAUUUAAUAAUUGUUUUUAACUUAAUUAACAAAUUAUACUGUAUUUAAUUGACUCUGA